UAGUCAUAUUUUGCCUGGAGCCAGUGAUACGUCCUGUUCAUCGCGUCAAAUGUUCAGGUGCCGGAGGCUUUGGGCAGGUCAACCUCGUGCAAGUGAAGUCGAACCCGGAAACGCAGUUCGCGAUGAAAUCAGUUCAGAAGGCAUUCCACAGGGAGCUGGAGCGCAACUGGUUUAAGGUGCAGGGCCCGUACGUUAAGGAAGAGAAGAAUAAGGAACGGCGCAUCCUGUCCAAACUGCCGUGGAAUCCGUUCAUCUGUGGCCUCGUAGAUGCGUUCCACGACCAACAGAACUUGUAUUUGCUCCUCGAACUCGCGCCUUGCAACUCGCUGUACGAGUACCUGUACGAGCACGGGCCGCUUCCGGCCGACCGCGUGCGGUUUUACUUCGCGAACCUGGUGCUGGCCCUUGAGUUCAUUCACUCGCACGGCAUCGUCCAUCGCGAUGUCAAGCCGGGCAAUAUCCUCAUGGGCGCGGACGGAUACCUGUGCCUGACGGAUUUCGGAUGCGCGUUGGAGCAGGAGCUCGAUUACGAGUGGGAACGUGUCGGCACUGCUGAUUAUGUCGCGCCCGAGAUACGGCCUGAAGAGCUCGUAUUCAGACCUCGAGGGAGCAGGAACCUUGAUGCGAGGUCGCUGCCGCCACCCGAGGCGCGCCACAUGAUCGACUGGUGGGCGGCAGCGAUCACGCUGUACGAGAUGGCCACGUUCAAGCGGCCCUUCCACGGCGAAGACGGGCACCAGAUCUACAAAAACAUCAAGCGGCAGGUUAUCCCGUGGCCAGAGGAUCGCGAGAUUGACCCAGACCUGAAGGACCUCGUGAUGAAGAUGCUUAUCGACGAUCCGCUCAAGAGGUACGGUUGUUUUGUGGCGAAGGAGCCUGGAGAGGAAGUGGGGAUGAACGACGAGGUGCGCAUUCAUCCGUUCAUGUGGGGAAAGGUCAGCUGGAAGCGUAUAACGGAGAGAAGAGAAUUGGCGCCGGACGUUCCGAAGCCGGAACCUGACAUGACGCAACAAUGGCAGCAACAGGGCAUGCCCAUGCCGUGGCACGUACCAGGGUUCGACCUGGCUGCGGUGGCCACCGAGCGCGCUUGGGACAACCGGUUCGAACAUCGAUGAAGGUCAUGCCGUAAGAUGGAAGGUGCUCAUGUUGUCGAUCUACUGUCUUACAAUUAACAGGUCUUCAUCUUUCUGUCUCUUUGGCAUC